AUGCACUACCAACGUUUCAAGAAAGAGACCAACAGAGUGAAAGGUGUGAACAAGCAUUCCGCCUUGCCAGACAACAAUGACCAUAUCUCGAAUGGUUACCACGAAAUUUCUAACCAGCGUUUGCAUUUUGAUGCACCGCCAUCACACCCUAACCCAUCAAAACCAUUUUUUGACGAAGACGACAUUGCAUCACUUCAUCUAAGCGGGAGGAUUAUUUCCGUCACGUUUACCAUUCCCUAUUCUCUACGGACCCUGGGAGACGGAGAAGCAUGGCAUGUAAAACUCAGCAACCGUCUCGACCACUCGAUACAGUUCGACAUCCUAUCUUACCUUUCCUCGUCCAUGUCUUCUCAGGAACACAUCAUCAUCGGUUGGACUGGAGAAAUCUCAGAUGCUGAUGCGGCUGGCAGACCCCUCAAUGGUAUGUUCGUCAGCCACCGCAGCCAACAGAUAUUAGAAGAAUGGCUAGCCAACGCAAAACUGGCAACAAUACCAAUCUGGAUGACCGGGUCGCGGGAUCCUUUUAGCAAUGAGGAUGAUCAGGCCAGAUAG